AUGGCGUCAACCCUAAUCCCAAGACUUGCCCGCUCAGGAGUACGCAUCUCUCGAAGCUUUCCGUCUAGAGCUGCAGUACGAGCGGCAUCGACCACGUCGAAGCAUCCCGCCAACUUCACCCCUCCCACCACCGAAGACCUGUAUGAAUUGCGCGAGCGCGUCCAGGAAUUUACGAGACGCGAGAUCCCCGAAGAACUGGCCGCACGGACGGACCGAGAAAACGACUUUCCACACUUCAUGUGGAAGAAAUUAGGGGAAGCGGGCUUCCUGGGCCCGACAGCCGACGAGGAGUACGGGGGCUUGGGCAUGGGAUACCAAGCACACAGCGUGAUCAUGGAGGAGAUCUCGCGGGCUUCGGGGUCAAUCGGGCUGAGCUACGCGGCUCACUCGCAGCUGUGCGUGAACCAGCUUUCGCUGAACGGGACCAAAGAGCAAAAAGAACGAGUCCUGCCUGGUCUGAUCAGCGGGGACAAAGUGGGCGCGCUGGCCAUGUCGGAGCACUCGGCGGGCAGCGAUGUCGUAAGCAUGAAGACCACGGCGAAAGCUGUAGACGGGGGUUAUCGUCUGAACGGGACCAAGAUGUGGAUCACCAACGGGCCCGAGGCCGACUACAUUGUGGUGUACGCCAAAACGGAGCCCGAGAAGAAGAGCAAAGGCAUCACGGCCUUCAUCGUCGAAAAGCACUUUGAGGGUUUCUCGGUCGCGAGGAAGCUGGACAAGUUGGGCAUGCGCGGCUCCAACACGGGCGAACUCGUCUUUGACAAUGUCUUUGUCCCCAAGGAGAAUGUCUUGGGCGAAGUCAACAGGGGCGUCAGGGUGCUGAUGGAAGGGCUGGACCUCGAGAGACUGGUCCUUAGCGCGGGCCCCUUGGGCAUCAUGCAGGCCUGCCUGGAUCUGGUCCUGCCUUACACACACCAGAGAAAACAAUUCGACACCCCGAUCGCGCACAAUCAGCUGGUUCAGGGAAAGCUGGCUGACAUGUAUACCAAGCUCCAAGCUGCGAGAGCGUAUACCUACACCACAGCUAAAAAGGUUGACGAGGAAGGCGAGAUUCGCACCCAGGACUGCGCCGGGGCCAUUCUUUACGCCGCCGAAAGAGCCAGCGAAUGCGGGCUGGACGCGAUUCAGUUGAUGGGCGGCAACGGCUACGUCAACGAAAUCCCUGCGGGCAGAUUGUUGAGGGAUGCAAAGCUAUACGAGAUCGGUGCCGGCACCAGCGAGAUCAGGCGGAUGGUCAUCGGACGGGCGUUCAACAAGGAGUAUGCUGAUCAAGGCAUUUGA